CAAUGAAAGAUCACAUAUUCAAGAAAGCUAUCAAGUCAGAUUACUGUAUAGUUACAGGGCUAGCUAUGGGCAUUGAAACUGUAAGGCAGAUGGGACAUCAGGUAGUUCUUCAUUUCGAACCAGACACAAUGAGUUCAAUGUCUCUAGAAGAAAGGCGGGCGGAGCGACGUCGUCGAAGACAGAUGGAAGAAGAAAAUAACUAUGGUGGAACUAAGUCAGCAGAUGAAAUUCAUGCAAGUGUCCAGGAACGUCUAGCACGUCGCAGGAAGGAACGAGACGAAAGAAUGGCUAACAUAGCCGCCAGUGUCGCAACGGUGAAUGGAGAAGACGACCUUGAACGUAGAAGGAGAGAGAGAAGAGAACAGCGUCUAAGAGCCUCUGGUGAUACAGAUUACACUGCAACAGACGACUAUAGUUCUCGUCGUAACAGACGUCGUGGCACAGACGACGACACUUCAGAGGAUACAUUUAGUUAUAGUAGUUAUCGUUCAAGGAGAGAAAGAAACUACGAGGAGGAAACCCCUACUGUAAACGACGAACCUGUUUCAAAAGUGCUAGAUACAUCGGAAGAAGACGCAGCAGCAGAACGUCGACGUAGACAACGCGAGGAAGAAGAAGAGGAAGCCCGUCGUCAAGCAGAACGUGAAGAAGAGGAAGAACGUGAACGUCAGGCAGCAUUAGAACAAGAGAGGCGAGAACGUGAACGCGAGGCUCGUAGACGUGAACAAGAGGAAGAGCAGCGAAGACAAGAGGAAGAAGAAGAAAGAAGAAGGGGAGAAGAAGAGGAAGAAGAAGAAGAGAGACUUAGACAAGAAAAAGAAGCAAGAAUGGGAGCUGAAGAUGGACAAAAGAAGCGAGGCAAGAGGAAGGGUCUUGGAGGACUUACUCCAGAGAAGAAAAAGAAACUAAAGCAAAUUAUUAUGCAAAAAGCUGCAGAAGACUUAAAGAAAGAAGCUUUAGCUAAGGCACAGGAAAAAGAGAAAUUCAUUAUUGAAAGAGUUGGUCCUCUAAAUACAGAUGGUCUAGGAGAAGCUGAGCUAAGGAAACUAAUCAAGGGUCUUCAUGAUAAACUUGCUCAAAUCCAUUCAGAGGCAUAUGAUAUAGAAUUCAAAUUGAACAAACAAGAAAAGGAACUAGUUGACCUGAACAUGAAAAUCUCCGAUUCUAGAGGAAAAUUUGCUAAACCUGUUUUACGUAAAGUUAAUAAAACUGAACAGAAGUUUGCAAAAAUGUCAAAGAAGGUGGAGCCUAAAGAUGAUUUUAGAGAAACUUUAAAGUCAGCCCAUGAUGAUGAUGAAGGUGCAGAAUAGUAAAUUUUCCAUAGACCUCUGAGGGGUGACCUCAGGCAAAUUAAAUCACCAUUUCAUUGGAGAGAUGUAACGCCUGUGGAUGUGAUCAUGUUAUGCCAGUUGACCUUUGAACUCUUCUGAUAACUGUCAUGGAGUGAAUAUUUGCUGCUCUUUCAUUGGCUGAUACAUAACCAAAACAAAAAAUGGACAAAAAUUCAAUACUUGAUUUUCCUUUUCUUUUUUAGUCAGUCUUUUUUUCAGACUGACGUUUGUGACUCUUAUUUUCGUCAAGAGUUGAAUUUUUUUCUAUUUUUUUGGGAAAAAUUUGAGAGACCUUGGUUCUAUUUCGAUACCAGCUUUAUGUAUUUCUAGCAUAAUUUAGAAAUUGCAUUUGUUCUUUUUCGUAUCAUUGAUGAGUAUUUGCUGUUAAAACUUUGUUUGUUAACUUGUGUUAAAGCAUCGGAUAAGAAUUAGGAUACACUAGUUAACUAUCUCAAAUAUACUUAUUAAAAUGGCAGAACUUGUAUCUGGGAAGACUUAUUUUUUAAGCCUUCUCAGCUAGUGUAUAAAAGGUGAUAUUAUUUUGGUAACCUUCAUGUACAAAAGAUAAAAAUUUCACCGAUCUUCAGAAUACUGACUUUUAUAACAGUUUAUGUGUGAUGCUGUAUGAAAUUUGUAUGUGUGCACAUGCGUUUAAAUUAUUUGUUUUACCAACAAAAAGACUACUUGUUUAUUACAUAAACCUUUUUUCAACGUUUUUCUUGCCAUGAAUGUAAACAUUUCUUGCCAUUUUAUUUUCUGUCUGAAAAUUAUUUUAGUUUGGUAAUGAAGAAUUUUUAUAACUUUUGAGCGUCCCUAAAAAUGACUAUAUGAAUGUGAUUAGACUAAUGGAUUACAGUAUUAUUUUAUAGGAAAUUUUGAUUUGAUUUACACAUUAAGUUGAAGAACUUGUGUAAGUAAAUGCUUGUUCUACGUGUCGGACUGAAAGAAUUUAUCAAAAAAUGUAAACACAGUUGUUUUUUAUAAACAUGUAUACAUAACUGUUAUUGACUUUUUUCUAUGCUUUUUGUAAAUGUGUAAAGAAUUUAUCAAUAUAAUAACUACAUGUAAACAUGUAAUACACUAGUCAUAUCUUAUUGAUAUUAUAACUUUAUAUAUCUUUUAUAAAAACACAAACUGUAGUCUAAAAUAUAGUUUCAGGCUGAUAUAUCUUAUUUCAUUUGUAUGAUUGCGAAACUGGAGCGUGUAAUUGUUUUAUGCAGGUUUUUUAAUAUAUAUAUAAUAAAUAUGUAUUCUCUAAGGCCUUUUUUUUGUGUCAAUACGUAUAUGUUAGGUGAAGAAAAAAAAGAUUUGACUUUUUUUUAGUGACGCUUUAAAAAUCAAAGCGUAACUUUUGAAAUAUCUAUAAAUGCUUAUAUUGUAUUAGAGUACACACAUGUAAUUACAUAUACAUGAAUACGGCAGCCAUUUUUGUUUACUGUAUGCAUUGCUUUCAAUAAAAAAAGGAUUGCUUGGGCAUUGUAUGAUUAUGAUAUGAAUGACGUAUGUUUAUAUAUGGAGCUUACUGUACUUUUUUAUUGCGUUGUUUUAUAUUUAAUUACUAUUAUUUACAAACUGCUUUCAUUUAAUUUGGAAAAAAAAAGAAGAGAGAAUUUGUCUGUGGGGAGUGAUUUAACGUAACUUCUGUGCCAAAUUGUUCAAAGUACAAACCAAGAAUCUAUAGAAGCUUUGUAGGGCUAUAUGUUUACUUUCUCAAAUUCAUUAUUUACAACAUUGUUUUUAAAAAUAUAUUAGCAAUUUUAUAGACAUCAUUUGACUCCAUUUUUUAGUACAAUUUGACCCUAGAUAACAAAAGCUCUAUUAACCAGUAGUUAUUUUAACUAAACCUGUUUAUAGCAUAGAUUUAGAAGAAGGGCCUCAUUUACUUUCAGAUAUUCUAUUUCCUAAAAGGUUAAAAUCAGCAUUUUGUUCACCUUUAUUUUGCCCGCAAAAAGACACUCGACCGCUUUUGAAUAACAAGACAUCCAACUGCUUUUGAAUAACAAAACAUACAACCGUUUUUUGAAUAUUGCAUCAGGUUAGUUAAAUAAUGUAUAGUAAAAAAAGCAGUCGUUUAUUUAAGAUUGUUUCGGUUAAAAUAGUUAUAUUUAUUUCCAAUUUUCUUCAGCUAUACAGUAGUUUUAUACAAAGUAGGUUCCGCUAAAGCCCUUUGUAAUUGUAUCUGGGUGUAAGAAAUGGUGACAACUUUAUACCCCUUUGUGUUAACUUUCCCCCCUGUAAAUUGUUGUUAGGAUAAUGUUACGAGAGUUCCGACCCAGUUUACUAUGUUCAGUGUAUCAAAUGAUAUCAAAAAAUUAUAUAAAAUAAACAACUCAUUCCUCUCCA